AUGACCGCCCCCCUGGAGGGGCAGCUAGAGACUGGUCUCAACACGAAGCGCCGGAGGGGGCGCUCAGCUGGCCUCCCCAACACCCCAAACCUGCGCGGGCACUUCCGGGCGCCAGCGUCUCAGUUUAAAAUGGUGAAUUACUCCUAUGACGAAGACCUGGAAGAGCUGUGUCCAGUGUGUGGAGAUAAAGUGUCUGGGUACCACUACGGGCUCCUCACCUGUGAAAGCUGCAAGGGUUUUUUUAAGCGAACAGUCCAAAACAAUAAAAGGUACACAUGUAUAGAAAACCAGAACUGCCAAAUAGACAAAACACAGAGGAAGCGUUGUCCUUACUGUCGGUUUCAAAAAUGUCUAAGUGUUGGAAUGAAGCUGGAAGCGGUCAGGGCCGACCGAAUGCGCGGAGGAAGGAAUAAAUUUGGGCCGAUGUACAAGAGAGACAGAGCUCUGAAGCAGCAGAAGAAAGCCCUCAUCCGCGCCAACGGGCUGAAGCUGGAGGCCAUGUCGCAGGCGAUCCAAGCCAUGCCCUCCGAGCUGGGCAUCUCCUCCGCCAUGCACAGCAUCCAUUCCGCCUCCAAAGGCCUACCUCCGAGCCACGCUGCCUUGCCUCCCACAGACUACGACCGGAGCCCCUUCGUCACGUCCCCCAUCAGCAUGACCAUGCCGCCUCACGGCAGCCUGCAAGGCUACCAAGCCUACGGCCACUUCCCCAGCCGGGCCAUCAAGUCCGAGUACCCCGACCCCUACACCAGCUCGCCGGAGUCCAUCAUGGGUUACUCCUACGUGGACGCCUACCAGACAGGCUCCCCCGCGAGCAUCCCGCAUCUGAUCCUGGAACUCUUGAAGUGCGAGCCAGACGAACCCCAGGUCCAAGCCAAAAUCAUGGCUUAUUUGCAGCAAGAGCAAGCCAGCCGGAGCAAGCACGAGAAGCUGAGUGCGUUCGGGCUGAUGUGCAAGAUGCCCCACGGGCUGUCCUCUGGCCUCGCACGGCUGCUCACAGCCGUUCCCUGCGCCUGCGUGGCGCCCCAGCGUGGGUUACUUAGCCUUUACGCAGAUCCGGCCGACGAGGGCCUGCACACGACCCUGCCCUCUCCCCUCGUGCUUCUGCAAACGAAGAGCCGAGGCCAGCCCCCUGCCCGGCUGGAGGAGCUGCGCGCCCGCGAGAAGCUUGUGCUCCUCCCUCCCGCGGCUCUUCGCCCCUCGGAGCGGGAGAAAGCAGUCCCCACCUCGCUGGACGACUAA